UUGGACCGUCAAAAUACUGCACACAGCGCAUUCUACAUCACCGUUCCACCCGAACUGCUCACCAGACAUCAGGAGACAGUGGAAAUGUGCCCGGCCACAUCCACACAGCGCAAACUACUUGGUCCAGACGGGAUCCUCACCGGGGUCAGUACUCAAUGGGGUAAUUUGGAUCGGUUGAUGGUUGUUCGUGCCGUAAUGGAGUCAAUUGCCUUGACGGUGCGCUAUAUGCUGGAACGAUGUCGAAAAGAAGCAGGUAUUUGGCCGGAUUACACUUCCGCUAUCGGUGUACUCUACGGCCAUCGGGAAGACCCCGGCUCAUCUGGUUCUCAACUGUUCCCAAACUCGUUUGUUCGNUUCGUUAUGCGCCCUCACCCGAUCGUGUCAAACUUAUGCGUAUCAACCAAGGAACCGUGGCUGGUCAAGGAACUGAAUCGUUACCUGAAGUUUACCGCACACUUGGCAGAGGCAAGUGAAACAGCUCGAUUCUUUGAGGAAUGUAUACAAUCCAACACCUAUCCAAAAGAAUACUGGAAAGUCCUACGUGGUCAUCAUAUAGAUGUGAACUGGCGCUCACUAAAACGACACAGUUUGAAUCAACUGGACACAUAUCGCACACAAAUUACACAAUUUGAAAAGAACGCCGCUCAGAUGGAGUAUGCUCAAUGA